AAAAAACUAUGGUCGUAAAGUCUAGAAACCAAGACAACAUAAAAAUAAAAAAAAAUCAGAAUGAAAAUAAAUACAUAAAUACGUUUAGUAAAUUACCUAUCCGAUGCAAUUUCUAUUUGAUUUAAAUAAAAUUUAACAAUUCCCUUUUACUUCUAUUUUCAUGUUUUCAAAUACAUAAUGUUCUUUCACUUCUGAAUUUACGAAAGCAGUACACGUAAAAAUGCUUAGCAGAUUCUCCAACGUGCUGCAAACUGCUGCCGAUGUCUUGGCACCUCCAGCAACGAGACUCGAAGACUUUGAGUACCAUUGGAAGAUGAUACUUAACUUCUAUGAGCGGUUUGAUGAUAAUUGUAAAAUUCACAUUGAAGAUACUAAGAUACCUCAUCACCUGCAUCAGAUGCUACAGCUCAUUGUUGAUGAAGAAAAAGAACAACAAGGUGGCACGGUCGGUCCAUGCCUGGAAGCCAUAGUUCAGCGGUCCAUAUGCCUGUUAGAUGCAUUGACUGCGCUCGCGGCGGCCGACCGACCGCCCGGCGCGAGGUCAUUGGCCCUAACAGCUGCUACGGCACUGCUGAGGAGAACUAAACAGCCUUGCGUCAAUAGCGUUCAUAUUUAUCGUCCCUUACAGCGAAUGCUAGUCCAGUGCAACGAAAGUCCGGCGUCGCCUACAGAGAAAGAAGAAGUCGAAUUGCUGCUGACUCUGUGCGGUUUGGUCCGCAAGGAGCCAGGCCUUGCCAACAUCUUCACGACACCGUUCGUGGAAGACAAAACCUCGUUACUAACUAUACCGGAGGACAUUCAGAAACUGAUACCACUGAAGAAAGUGCACACGCCAAGAAAGAAUCCUUUGUUCGUGGAUCUGACCCAGAAUCAGCUACCGAACGUGUCCAUAAUCAGGACCUACGACAGGGACGAUAGCAGUAACGGCGCCGAGUCCUUGGCAGAUGACGUGUCCUGCAAGAGUCAGAAGACAUUGUACGAUGAAAAUGACAAGUUUUUGUUAAUAGAUUUGCUGCUUUCGUAUUUGGACAGCGCUGAUAACCAAGUAGUACUGAGAGCCUGCGAGGGGAUAAUGAUAGUGUCGUCGCUGCCGGAGGAGGACAUCGCCAACCUGGUGACGAGCUGCAGCCCGGCCUGCGAGACCAUCGUGGACAAGCUCGCGGCCAGGUACCGCCGCAUCCCGCCCACCGUCGACCCCAACGACGUCGACCAGCUCAACAUCACCUGGGCAUACGUAGCACAAGACUUCGGUGACAAGUCUUAUUCCAAGUUCCACGGCUACAGAGAACUGACCACAUUUUUCUCGUGGCUGGAUUAUUGCGAUACACUCAUGAAGGAAUGUCACCAGAGCAUAGCGUCGCACCUGUCGAGGACGUUCCGACAGAACUUUCUGGAGGGCACGGCGGAGGCCGGGGUCACCGACCUGCGCCUCGCCGUGCUGGCCACCGCCGUGCUCAGCAAGUGUCUCAAGGUCGUCGACUCCACUGACCUCAUUAACGAGUUCUCCAACUGGCUGGUGGGGGACGGCGAGGUGGCGGAGUGGCCUCUACUGCAUACCCUCAUCUCGAACUGCCUCUCGGACAACUACGACCUGGCAUUAGAAACAUUAAGGUUCUUUGAGAGUAUAAUAGAGAAGGGCACGGAGCACAGCAUGGAGCGACUGGUACUGUCUCGGGUAGGGACGCGCGGGUACUGCAGGGAGCCGGGGGGUGGGGGGGCUGUGGCGGGGGGCGGGGGGCCGACAGCGGGGGGCGACGACGCCGACCGGGACCGACUCAACGACCUCCCACUGUGGAGGGAGAGGGAAACGAACAGGGAGGCAAUGAAGCAGCUACAACACGAGGAACACGUGAGUGAGCAAAUCAACGACAUCCUCUCACACGAGGGGCUCGACCUCGGCGGACACGCGGGCGCCGCCGAAAACAUACACACCAUCGUCAACAGUUACCUGCUGUUGCUCCCGCGCGCCCUCCUCUCCGACCCGGUGGGCUCCGACUACGAACAUUACAUACACGACGCCCAUAGACACUAUCAGUAUUGGUUGGACAUAACCUCUACGUUCGAUUGGCCAGUGGGCCUCACCGGAAAUGACAACACGGCCAGCUCGACUCACAGCUACGACAGUCGACCGGAAGCCGACAUACACAUACACGACGCGUAUUACAACAAUAACAACAACAACAACAACAGCGAACAGAACUUAGACAAGCAACACAACACAAAGAAAGAAACGAAAAGAUAUGAAAAUGAUGAGUUCGACGAGGGGCCCUUCUUAAGGAUGCUGUUUAAACUGCUCUCGAAUAUGCCCUACCAACCUUACCAAGUGAAUUUGCAUCUGACGUCGAUUAUCUCGAAGUUGGCACUCCUUCCGCAUCCUUACCUCCACGAGUAUCUCCUGAACCCUACGUUGCCUGUCGCUAAGGGCACCCCGACGCUGUUCAAGACUAUGCAAGAGCUAGCCAAGAAACUGACCACGGAGAUCCCGAGGAUAAAGCAUUACAAAAAGGUGGUGGAGAGCACGAGGCUCCAGCUCAUGAGCGAAGAUCCCAGUUACGAUGAGGUCGGCGAACACAACCAACUGGUGGAGAGUCUCAUCGUGUUGGAAGAGUUUUGCAAGGAGCUCGCCGCCAUUGCCUUCGUCAAGUAUCAGCACUCCCUCCACGCGCACGGGUAGCCGGACGCCUCCGCCCCCAACCCCCCCCCCCCAACGUCACCACCAGCCCCCCAACCCCGCCCCUCAGCGACGCCCCCCGCGCUUUGUUUGUAGCAAGUCAGUUCCCAUCGUACGAACAUAAUCCUUUUGAUAAAAGGCUCGUUAGUUCCUCCUCGUGGUUCAAACUCUAACGGGUUCUGAGAGAAAACUUAGAAAGAGCACACACAAAUACUAUAAAUAAAACGUACGCAAGUUAUAUUUAUAUGUGGCUAUUAAUGCUAAACAAACAUGCUAUUAGGACUAAUCAUUUGUGGGUAGAAUUGAGAAAAAUAUAUCCAAAUGUUAUGUGAAUGUUGUUGAAAAUUAUUAAAAAAAAUAUAUUACAAAGAUAUUAAGUUCGCAUUGACACAAAAGUUGCCAAUGUCAGUCGGUCCAUUGCUGCGCUGUUGUAAGAUACUACUAGAUAAGUUACCGACACUAAAAUAAAUGUCAUACAAACUUUAUUAUGUUCUCUAGUCUAUAUAAAAAAAAUAGUGUGUUGCUACACUCAACUUCAAGUAAGACUCGUGAGGUCGGUCCCGUUGGUUCGUCCGAAGCCGCAAUGGAUUGUAAAGUAUGCGUUGUACAUUGCGUCGCAGUGAUCGCGGUGUACCUCCUAAUGUAAUAUAUUCCAAAGUGAAGUUAGCACAAUGCGCUCGCAAUAUUUAUUCUAGUCUAACGAUAUUUAUUUCGCAUAUUAUAUUAUGCUUUAACAUUAUGUUAUCUACUGCGUCAAAACUAUUUCGACUAUAUAAUAUCUAUGACACAUUAGCAUAUUUGAAUGCGAAUAAGGUUUAUUUGUAACUUGAAGGAGUCGAAGGAAAAAUUCACCCAUAAAUAAAUUUAACAAUUAAAAAGUAAAAAAUCUAUCUUCUAUCUCUAUAUAUAAAAAUGAAUUGCUGUUCGUUAGUCUCGCUAAAACUCGAGAACGGCUGAACCGAUUUGGCUAAUUUUGGUCUUGAAUUAUUUGUGGAAGUCCAGAGAAGGUUUAAAAGGUAGAUAAAUAUGAAAAUGCUCGGAAUUAAGUAAAAAUAACAAUUUUGUUUUUCCUUUGAUGUGUCCCCCGUCGGACGGAUUCCUUUUGUUUGUUUUAAGUUUAUUUUAUACAAAAGUUUAGGUCCUGUUAUUUAUCGAUUGAGGCACUACGAAGUCUGCCGGGUCAGCUAGUUAAGAAUAAAAACGAUGAUAAACUUAGAAAGCACUUUCAGGAUAAAGUUAAAAAAUGUGUCUUUUGACUUUUUCUUGAAUUAGUGUUAAUGUAGUUUUUGAUUAAAAUCCAUUGAGUAUCAUAGAUACUAAAGAUUGAAUCGCUAAGAUUAUAUGUAAGAAACUGUAAAACGUUUAUCAACAUGAAGUAGUGUCUGCUUGACGAUCGAAAUUCGACCAUAACCACUGAUACAUCAAGAUUUAAAUUUCAUUUAAUACGUUUUCUCUUUUUAUUUUUGACAUGUUGUUUGUGAAUGAGGAGAAAACUGUUUUCAAAUAUAUAAUUCGACGCUUGAAAGGCAAACGUGACUAAGCGACAAUGCGUGAACUUUACAGUAGACUAAUUUAAAGUUGAAAUACCUGAAAAAAAAUUAUAUUUUAACGAAUCUAGCUGUAGGAUUGAAAUGAUUUUAAUAGACCUAGAAAUAUAUUUUUUUUGCGCAUCGAAUAUGGUUAUUGCCUAUCAUUUAUGUACAAAGCAGUUAUUGUCGCUUAGUCACGUUUGCCUUUCAAGCGUCGAUAUGUAUAUUUCUAUUCAUAGCAUUCCCCAAAAAUUGGCAAACAAAUUAAAAAAAAUCUCUUAAUAAAUCGACGAGAUAAUAUCGAGGGCUGAAAGGCUAUAUGGUUUAAGCGUAAUUUCGCUUAACACGCGAAUUUAUCUUUGUAAUUAAAGCUCCGUUUUAUUUGGUAUCAGCAUCGACAGUCCGACGUUUUUAAUUGAACUUCAAUUAAGCUGAUGAAGUUUUUUUUUAUUAUGAUAUUAUUAUAUUUUUUCCAAAUUUUAAACCUUGAAUGGCUCCCCUGUAAAGUUGCUAAAAUAUCGUUUAAACCAAAUACCCUUUCAACCCUUGAUUUAUUAGCAAUUUUUGUUUUUAUUGUCGUUUGUAUUUUAAGAUUUCCGGUACUACAGUAGAAAUAGUGUUACUGCUAAAUCUGGUUGCUGUAAGAUGUGUUAUUAGUAGUACUGAUGGAGUACUCAGUCACCCGAAACCAAUCUUAAAAUGGACAGGGUAUGUUCGCACUACGUUAUUUUUUGUUAUUAUUUUAUUAACGUUGUAUACAGACGUGCAUACGGCUCACCUAAGGUUAAGUGUUCGCAGACAUGGUCUCCCGCUGGUACUAAUCGUUUCGAUGUGUUUUCGCCGUUUUUUUAUUUUUAUUAUUGCUGAGGUGGGUGGACGAGCUCACAGACCACCUGGUGUUAAGUGGUUACUGGAGCCCAUAGAUAUCCACAACGCAAAUGCGCCACCCACCCUGAGACAUAAGUUCUAAGGUCUCCUGUAAGUUACAACGACAGCUCCACCCUUCAAACCGAAACGCAUUACUGCUUCACGGCAGAAAUAGGCAGGGUGGUGGCACCCACCCGCGCGGACUCACAAGAGGUCCUACCACCAGUAAAAAAUUUGAUUGAUUUGAUAAUAGAUGGCGUUAACAUAACAAUACUAUACAGUUGACUUGGACCUAAUGUACUCAAGGUGGGUGUCGAUAUUAAUGUAAUCAAUAACCACUUAACACGAGCUGGGCCGUAAGCUAGUUCACUCACCAAAUAAUGUAAAGAAUUUCCAAAAUAUUCAUUCCUAUAAGUUAGACAAAAUGCAGAAAUUUUAAAUAAUUAGUUAUAUAUCUGUUUUUGUUCGAAUAGCUAAUAGAUUGGUUUUGUUAAUAAAAUGUGUAUAGAUAGAUAUAGAAUAGAUUUUUUAAUUUGUCUUAAUGAAAUACAUUUGCUUUUUGUUAGCACCAGUAAGAAUUGUUUUCGAAUUACAUUAUUUAUUAUUGUCAGUGUCAAUAAAGUUAUUGAUAUUAAA